GAAAGAAGAAUAGGAAUAUCAGGAGAUGGAAAUGUUGGGGAGAUGGGAAUUUGGGAAGAUAAAAAUGUCAAGGAGGAAUUUUGGGGAGUGGAAAGUGGGGAUUUUGGAGAAAUAAAGUGGAAAUUUCAGGAAGUGGGAGUUUUGAAAAUGGGAAUUUUGGAAAGUGGGAAUUUUGAAAAAGUGAGAAUUUUGGAAAAGUGA